UUUAUUCCAGAUUUUACCACAAUGCGAGAAGACAUCCAAUGCCUUCGUGGUAUUGCUAUAAUCUUUGUUUUACUAUUUCACUUGAACCCUAACCUAUUUGUUAAUGGAUUUCUCGGUGUUGAUAUAUUUUUUGUGAUAUCUGGUUUUCUGAUGGCUAAAAAUUUAACAAAGGCAAAAUUAGUGAAAAUUCAUGAUUUUCUGCUGUUUUACUAUAUGAGAUUCCGUAGGAUUCUACCAAUGUAUUUUCUGGCGGUUUUCCUGAUUGUUGUAAUGACACAGUUGUGUCUUGGAGAUUUUUUGUGGAAGAAUAAUAAUCGAUAUGCGUUGGCAUCGCUGUUCAUGGUGACGAAUCAGCUGAUUAUUCAUGAUCAGGCAGAUUAUUUUAAUGAGUUUUUUGCCGCCACGUCUUCAAUAAACGGGUUCCUUCAUCUAUGGUCCCUCUCCUUGGAAAUGCAAUUUUAUCUUUUUGUUCCAAUUAUAUUUUUUGGACUACAAUUUCUGAAAAAUGACUAUCUGAAGCUAGCGACUGUCUUGAUAAUUUCAGUUUUCGGUUUCAUUGGUUUUGCCCUGAUCUUGGACAAAUUCGCGUUCAACUUCAUGUUCCUCAGAUUGUGGCAGUUUUCUGUAGGAUUUUCUGCUCUUUUUUGGAGCAAGAUUCAAGAAAAUGGAACACCUAGUAAAACUGAGAAGCCUAGCACUUUCACAUGUCCAUUGACUAAAAAUGACCUGGUUACUGUAUCCUUGUCAGCGCUAGCACUUUGUCUAUCAACUAUGGAGAUUAAAGUUUUAGUUCUAAGACCACUGGUUACUGUAGCAACUGCUGUGAUAAUUGCAUGUGAAUCGAAAAAUUUUCAGUUUCUAAAAUCCCCGACACUCGGGUAUAUUGGGGAUAUUUCAUAUGUAUUGUACCUGGUUCAUUGGCCAGUUAUUUCAAUUUUCUUGAUUUCAAACGCCAGAAGUUAUAUUUUCUGUAUCAUGAUCAUAUUCAUUUCAUCAAUUCUUCUCCAUCAUCUUUUCGAGAAACAAUACCUGAAAUUGGACAUGAAAGGAGUUUUUCCAUUAAUUUUCCUACUAAUCGCAAGUAAUGCAUAUUUUCAAUAUAGUGUCAGAAAUGACACAUUUUGGAUGAACAAUUUCACACCGGAAACUCGAGAAAUUAUCGACAAAAACCUGGUUUUGUAUACUUCGCUUUGGGAUUUGGAGCCAAAAAAGGAUAAGUGUAUCGAAAAUGACAUUGAUGUGCCUUUUCCGAAAAAUGAUCUCAAAGGUUAUUGUAGAUUUGCGCCAGGAAAAGGCAAUUUAUCAGUCAUGAUGAUUGGAAAUAGCUAUGUGCUUAACUUCAGCGAGCACAUCCGAGCUCAUUUUAACUACAACUAUUCAGAUUAUCGAUAUAUGUCAGUUAUUGCCAGUUACGGGCUUUUUUCGGACCACCGUUUGCUUUCUCAGCAGGCUUUGGAAUUUUCAAAGAAACAAGUGGAAUUGCACAAGCCCGACGUGCUUUUCAUAGUGGCAAGAUAUAUGAAUAACAUAAAAAAUCCUGUUCAAAAGGAUGAUAAGAUUGUGCAACAAAUUAAUGAAACAAUUGCACAUUAUGAAAAAUACGUGAAAAAACUAUACAUCCUGGACGCAUUCCCAGAGUUUCAUGAAAACUUUUUGAACUUAUUCCUGCACUACGCUGUAACUAGGCCAGAUGACAUGGAUGCUCUGCAUUUGAGUAAAAAGUUGGCGGACGACGAAAAGAGACCGGUGGUGAAGAGAUUCAGGCAGAUAAAAUGCAAGAAAUGCCACUUCUUCGAUCUCAGUCCCAUGUUCCUGGAAGAUGACAAGUACCUGACAUUCGAUAAAGACACAAUGUUGGCUUACGUGGAUAAUUCCGUACAUCUCACAGGCCCUGGGGUGAAAGUCUGUGAGCCUGUCUUCAAGAAAAUUGUCACGGAAAUUAUGGAUAGUUUUUAAGAUAAUUGUCUGAGUAUGAUGAUUUUAUUAUUGAAAUAAAUUAAUUUAUUGA